AUGUAUUGCCACCAAAGACACAAAAAUGAAGAUCGACAUCAGGAUUCAGAGUAUAAUCAAGGUCAAGUAAAUAAGCCUGAUAUAUAUAAUAGACAAAAUAAGGAAGAAGAUUAUAGUUGUAAAG